AUGGGUGCUAAAUGGUGCAGUAUGGCGAAGGUGUGUAACCACGACCGUGUGCCAGUGUGUGGAGUGAAUCACGCUGGUGAUAUUAUGGGCUUCAGGGAUCUUUGCGACAUGUUUGAUUUCAACUGUAUCCGGAGACGAAAUUAUAAGCAAACAGCUUGCCCCGAAGACAAAUCUGUGCUGAGUGUUUCUCGUCGUCCCACUAAUAGCUAUUAUGAUGAUUAG